AAACAGAACACAAUUUCUUCUUCACUGUGAAUCUCUAAAACAAUCAUUUCUCUUCCCACGUUGAUUCUUCAGAUCCAAAGCGAAAAUCCUGUCCUGAAGCUAUACUUUCAGUCUUUCUCACUACUAAAUUGGAAGUGGAUGAGGCUUUUGCAAUUUGGUUUACUGGUAGCUUUAGCUUCCGGGCUGGCAGCCAUCAUCAUCUACAUCACCGGGGUCACCAAUCUAUAUGAGAGUACCGGUUUAUCAGAUGAGGAUUUGGAAGCAUUGCAGUCGCUUCAGGGCGGCUUCCAGAAGUGUGUGAGUGCAAAUGGAUUAGGUUUGCAGUCCGUGAGUGGCAAAGAUUAUUGCCAAGUUACACUCAAUUUUCCCAGUGAUACCAUACCCAAAUGGAGAGAUCCUAAAACAGGAGAACUUGAAGAUUUAUCAUUUGAGUUUAAUCUUUGUGAAGCUGUGGCCACAUGGGAACAGGUGCGCAAUAGUACCACAAUACUUACCAGGGAGUUUAUUGAUGCUUUACCAAAUGGCUGGGAGGAGUAUGCAUGGCGGAGGAUUAAUAAGGGAAUAAAUCUAAACCACUGUCAAAACAAAGCCUUAUGUGUGGAGAAGCUUUCUCUCGUCCUCCCUGAAACACCACCAUAUUUUCCACAGCAGUUUGGUAGGUGUGCUGUUAUUGGCAACUCUGGAGAUCUUUUGAAAACAAGGUUUGGGAAAGAGAUAGACAGUUAUGAUGUUGUUAUCAGAGAGAAUGGCGCCCCAAUCCAGAACUAUACAGAGUAUGUGGGCAGGAAAAGUACAUUUCGGCUUCUCAACAGGGGAUCUGCAAAAGCUCUUGAUAAAGUUGUUGAGUUAGAUGAAACAAGGCAGGAGGCUUUGAUAAUCAAAACAACAAUUCAUGACAUUAUGAACAAGAUGAUUCGGGAAGUUCCAAUUAAAAAUCCUGUAUACCUCAUGUUAGGUGCAUCCUUUGGUUCUGCUGCAAAAGGAACUGGGCUCAAGGCUCUUGAAUUUGCUCUAUCUGUCUGUGACUCAGUAGAUAUGUAUGGUUUCACUGUGGACCCUGGUUAUAAAGAAUGGACUAGAUAUUUCUCAGAAUCCCGGCAAGGUCAUACUCCUUUGCAUGGCAGGGCUUACUACCAGAUGAUGGAAUGUUUGGGUCUUAUAAAAAUCCAUUCUCCUAUGCGACCUGAUCCCAAUCGAGUUGUGAAGUUUGUACCAAGUCAUAAGACAAUCAGGGCUGCUAGAAUUGCAUCAGAGAAGUUGUUGAGGAGGGUUGGAGCUGGAUCAGCAGAUCCACUUGCUGCUUGUUCAAUAAAAAGGAAACAAGUUAAAAGGAAUCCUAGAGUAGUUUCAAGUCUCAGAAAAAACGCAGUUGAUCAUCAAAAAGUUGUUAAAGGUGCUACCAUGUAUCCUUUGGAGCAGAAUCCUGGACAUGGUCAGCUGUGCACAGUGCCAGCCGGUUGAAUCUGUGAUAACUGCAUUUCAUCUUCUUCCAUUGUGCUUACUGAUCAAACCUGUGAAAUUAUUUCUGAUUACAGACCACACACACAACCUAAGAGUUUACUGUUGAAGCGGCUACAACUAGCAGAUUCAUCUCGAACAAGUUUUCUUCUCAGGCGCUUUGGCUUCCUGAACUGUUAUUUUCUCCUUAGUAGACUAGCAAAUAUAGAGCAAGAAAUAUUCAAGUUUGACAUCACUAUUCUUUUUCAGCACCUCUAGUGUCUAGCCUGAAUCCAUUAAUGCGAAAGAUUGUUAUGCAAAUGCCUCCAGUGAACAUUGUAUUAAAUUGUAGAAAUGAAAAAGGGGAGAAGGAUUUGAAUUUCUUUAAUCCCUUUCUUGGAGAAAUGAAGGAAUGUUUGGCCU